AUGGAUAACAUGAUGCGUGUUAAAAAAGUAGUCUUGAAUCAAGGGAAUUAUCUUACCCAGGCCCAACAAGAUUGGUUAACAAGACCUUACUUGGAAAAGGAGGUUAAGGAAGCAAUCUUCAACAUCCCAAGCACAAAGGCCCAAGGUCUAGAUGGGUAUAGUAGCUACUUCAUCCAAGAUAAUUGGGAUAUUGUAGAUGAUGAGGGCCUGCCUCAGGGUACAAGAGAAGCAGCCUACCUUUCAGGAAAAUCUACUACAAAUAGCCCUGGUAGCAUUGCUUGGGACAAUCUCUGGAAGUCCAAAGCCAGAGGUGGGUUGGGUUUUAAAAACAGUCACUAUUGGAAUGAAGCGGCUAUUGGCAAACAUGUUUGGGCUCUUGAAACUUAUAGGGAGAAUCUAUGGGUUAAAUGGAUUCACCAUGCAUACUUGAAGAACGAGAAUUGGUUCGAUUACAAGGCUUGCCAACAAAGUAGCUGGUAUUGGAGGAAAAUAAUUGAGGUGAAAGAAAAGAUGAAAACUAAAAUGGAUCUGCAUCAGCUAACUAAAGAGGAGUAUAAUAUUAAGAAAAUUUCUAAUUUUCUUGCAGAGGAUCAUGCCAAAAUGUACUGGAAAGGUAUUGUUUGGGCAAACUCCAAUGUCCCAAACAUAGUUUCAUAG